AAGCAGUCCACGCUCCACCCUGCUGAAAAAAGCCUUUCAGUGUUAGGGUAAGCUGAAUCCGGUGCUGUUGGCCUGCUGGGGCGAGCAUCUUAACCGAGUAACAGCGUUGUGUAAGCACCGCUCUCCCCAGUGGCCACGGCAAUACGCACAUGUCCGCACUCCAAAACAGCUGCACUCACCAGUGGGGUGAUUGUAACGUGGUGCGCGAUAAGGACGGUGCAAAAUCGCUGUCACCGGAAAGAAGCAAAAUACAUGCAGCGAUGGUCGGACAGAUGUUGACAGCAUACAGGCCGGAAAUCCUGCCUCCAUCAGGCCACACCCAAAAAGCAACUAGCAGCCGCAUAUCUCCGGCUGUGCGACAUCCGCAGAGAUCCUGUUCUGUAAAACAGCAGCUGUGUGGCUGGCACAGCCUGUCUGCCGAUUUGCAGCAAAGGAAAGAGGUUACCGAUAUAUUGAAAGCUCCCCUGCUGACCAAGCGGCUAGUUAAUAGGGCCCUCCACAGCCGUCGGCUUGUUGCUGUCGUCGCCCUCAACCACAGAUCCGGAAUUGCUGCUGGAGUCGUCGUCCUCGAUCCCAACCAACUCGUUCUUCAGCGCCAUGGUCUGCUUCUGCACGUCCGCCGGCACAUUCGACGAGUACCUCAGCGUGAUGGUCGGCGUUGUCUCGACCACAUCCACGUUGCCGUGCCCAGCAAUGUGCAGCUCGUCGAUCUUGAGGUUGCCCAGCAGCGGCUGGCGGUGCGACGACGGCCGGCCGCCCUCAGACAUGGUCGGGCUGGUGCCCAUGCUCUGGCCCUUCAGGUGCGCCAUGCUGGGCGUCGACGACAUGCUGAUCCUGUAGUCCGGCGUCCUGGACUUCCCCACGGCUGCGGGAAUCGCCACAGCGCGCGCAGCAGCCUCAGGGGAGAUCACAUUUUCAGCCUCGUAGACUGGCGGCGACCCAACAUGGUCGGCGGCCAUCGCAGGCUCUCCCAGCGCAAACGCAUCAUCGGUAGGCAGCGCCACCCCAGCAUCGCGCACAUGGUCGUGGCACGAGAACGACGCAGCAUAGGCUGACGGCGACAGGUGGACCGGCGAGCCGUCGCGCGGAUCGGAGCGUAUGUGCGGCAUGCUCGUGAUGCUGAGCUGGCUCGGCAGGUGGUGGUGCAGGUGGCCGUCCUUGCCAUGGUGCAUAAAGUGGCCUGGGUGGUCGGGAUCCGGCGACGCUGACCGCGAGUUCUCGCGGGUCAUGCUGGGGCU